GUGUUCCUCUAACUCCCCUCCUGUUAAACAGUACCAUGUCCCUUUAAAACGCGUCUGACAAAAAGCCCAUAUGAUCCCAGAGCUCCAAUCACCAAUUUCCUUCUGCAAAAGCAACCCUCUGCAUUUUUUUGUGUCUGUGUGAAUGCUACAGCAAAGCAAGCAAGCAGCACUGAGAGGGGGGGAUAAAAAAGACUGAGGAUAAGAGCAACAAACACUGAAGAAAUGUGACAAUUCAACGGUCCUUUUCAUGGCGAGGUGGAAACUGGAGUUAUUCUGGGACUCCUUUGAGCCUCGAAACGCUGGAUCAAAAUGCUCAUAGUGGAGAAGACCACAGACUUCCCCUCUGCUGAGUUCUCCCUGGUGGAGGAUGUGGCUCUGCACUUCACCUGUUUGAUGGACAGGCUGAACGAGCAGCGCCUCUUCCAGCCUGACCUGUGUGACGUCGACAUCGUUCUGGUGCGUCAGCACAGCACCUUCCCGGCCCACAAGGGCGUGCUGGCGGCCUACAGCCCUUUCUUCCACUCCCUCUUUGCACAGAGCAAACAGCUGCGGCGGGUGGACCUGUCGCUGGACGCCCUGACCUCUCAGGGCCUGCAGCAAAUCCUCAACUUCAUUUACACCUCCAAGCUGCUGGUGAGCAGCCGCACUGUCCGCGACGUGCUCAACGCCGCCACCCUGCUUCAGAUGAGCGACAUCGCCGCCUCCUGUCGCGACCUCAUCAGCAGCCACUCGCUGAGAAGCACCUGUGCAGAUAUGGCCAGUCAGGAAGGGCUCGGCGGCGGCGACCCAGCUGCUGUGGCGAUGCCCUCCAGCCAGCUGUACCCGGAGAUCAAACAGGAGUCGGAGCUGGGGAGGGUGUACAAGAGGGAAGGCAGCAGCCCGUUCUCCGUCAGAGUGGAGGAGGCAGGCAAGACGGCGUCCCAGCAGAAGCAGUAUUACCAGAAAGAGGACGGGUCAGGGGGCGGGGGGGCCACUUUGUGCAAAGUCGAGAGCAAUGGCGAGGAGUCAAAAAACGCCGACGGCCACGCCUCCUUCAACAGAGACCAGAUCAUCGUUGAAGUCAACCUCAACAACCAGACUCUUAACGUGUCAAAGGGUUCGGAGAGCAAAUCAGCAAGCGUCACUGACGUGGUCACCAUGUUUGGUUGCUGCCACGACAAUGAGAGAGAUUCAGAAGACGACGAGGAGAACGAGGCGGAGAACGAUGACACGGUUGGAGAAGAGGAUGACGACGACCUGAAGAGGGUGGACAUGCUAGGGCUGAGCAGCGAGGAGGAAGAGGAGGAGGAGGAUGAGGAAGAGGAGGAGAACACCCUAAACAUUCCAGGCUUGGAGCAGCCGGUCAUGAUGGAUCGACCUCGCCGGGGCACCAGAGCCUUUGCCAUGGCGGGUACAACGGCCUCCAUGCGGCAGACGCUCGCAGAGGCCACGCUGGCCAACCAGCGGCAGGGCGGGAAGAGGACGCUGGACUCAGAGGGCAUGGGCCAGAAAGUGAGGCUGGAGGAGAAGCAACACUUCCCGUGUAAGAAAUGCCCACGCGUCUUCAACAACCGCUGGUACCUGGAAAAACACAUGAACGUCACUCACAACCGCAUGCAGAUCUGCAACAACUGUGGGAAACGCUUCCUGCUGGAGAGCGAGCUGCUGCUGCACCAACAGACCGACUGUGAGAAGAGCAUCCAGUGUGUAACAUGUGGCAAGGCCUUCAAGAAGCUGUGGUCGCUACACGAGCACAACAAGAUCGUCCACGGCUACGCUGAGAAGAAGUUCUCCUGCGAGAUCUGUGAGAAGAAGUUUUACACCAUGGCUCACGUCAGGAAGCACAUGGUCGCCCACACGAAGGACAUGCCGUUCACCUGCGAGACGUGCGGGAAGUCGUUCAAGCGCAGCAUGUCCCUGAAGGUCCACUCUCUGCAGCACUCAGGAGAGAAACCCUUCAAGUGUGAGAACUGCAGUGAGCGUUUCCAGUAUAAAUACCAGCUGCGUUCCCACAUGAGCAUCCACAUCGGACACAAGCAGUUCAUGUGCCAGUGGUGCGGAAAGGACUUCAACAUGAAGCAGUACUUUGAUGAACACAUGAAGACACACACUGGAGAGAAGCCGUACAUCUGUGAGAUCUGCGGGAAGAGCUUCACGAGCCGGCCCAACAUGAAACGCCACCGCCGCACCCACACCGGGGAGAAGCCCUACCCCUGCGAGGUGUGCGGCCAGCGCUUUCGCUUCUCCAAUAUGCUCAAGGCCCACAGGGAGAAAUGCUUCCGCGUCAGCAACCCCAUGGUUACCGACGGCAACGACCCCCUCGGCCUCCACCAGCCCCUGGCCUCGCCCGCUGCGGACUCUUCCGGUCAGGUGCAGCUGGGCACGGCGCUCCCCGCCACGUCUGCGACCACGCCCGCCGCUGCCUCUAGCCCGCACCACCUCCAUGGCGCCCAGCUGUCUCUUCCCCUGCUGCAGUCCAUGGGGGGCCUUCCUCCCACCCCUCAUUUACCCCCACCACCCCCCCUGUUCUCUGCCGGUAGGAUGAACUCCAACAACUAACAAAUCUCUGUAGCAUCGAAAGCACUUUUGUUACUUUUUGUUUUUCUUAGAGCUUUUACGAGGACUCCUGCGGCGGGAGAGCGAUGCACCUCAGUGACAUUUCCGCUGAGGGGGAAAAACUGACUGAAGGCUACACACAUACACCUACCACAAUAAGAAAUAGUUAUUUUUUACUCUGUUAAAUACAAUAGAUAACCUCAGAGUCCAGUAGGACGUGUCGUCACCGCGCUUCUCCUCAUGAAUUUCACGACUCCGUUCUGGUUUCAUUUUUCCCACCACCACACACAUCUCUCCAGAGCCUUGCACAAUGCAUUGAUUGUAGCAUCUUUUACAAAGUGGGAGGAAGAGUUUCCUAAAUCCUCACUCAUACGGGGAUCAUCAGUCGAGCAAGAAUCACACUAUAAUGAGAAUUUUUUCUGCCAAGAUGUAGCGAGUGGUUCUGGUCUGACCCAGCAAUAACCAAAUGCUGAUUUGUCUCUGAGCAUAUACAUGUAUAUGGCAUUGCCAAUAACCAAAUCCUGUUAGCUCACCUGCUAUAGUUAGAUAAUGUUAUACAGCAUUUAUAAUCGAUCCUGCACCUUACAUUUAACUCUAGUGAUAUUUAAAAUGUACUCCUAAUUGUCUCCAUUUUUAUAACUGUGAUAGUGUGUAAUUCGUGGCACGUUACGUCAAUUUGUAAGGACGCGAGCGAAGUUGUGAUGGCGUGGAGAGUCGGCCGUGCAAUGCAGUGUGUGGUGUUUGUGAUGGUGUGUGUGUGUGUGUGUGUGCGUGAGAUGAGGAUCUACGUUCAGCUAAUCAACGCUUGAGCUUCCCCCGAGUCAGGAGAUGGAGUAAUUUGUUGACUCUCAUCUUUUUGCUUACAUUAAGCAAGCGCGCUCCUCUCCUGUAGAUCUGGCUUUGAGACGAUAUCGCACUUUUCUGUGACUUGUUAGUAAAAAACCCUAAUGUACUCAGACCUACAGUAUAUUUGUAGGUUUAAAAAUCUAAUGUUAAUGUUAACUUACAUUUCCCAGCAACUAAACCCCGAACUGUGUAAUUAGUUUGCAGAAUAUCAAGAGUGUAAGGGUAAUAAUAUUCACACACCUGAUUACAUAGCUCAUUAAGUGUGCACAUUUCAUCAUGAUGUAUAUUGUGAGAAAAAUAUUAUAUUACAAAUGCCUAAAUCUCUCAAAGAGCACUGAGUACUUUUGGCACAACAGAGCUCAUCACUAAAAGGGCUCCUUCACUAUUAUAAACUAAUCAGUUUCUUACAAUGAUGAUCUGCAGAAGCUGAUCAAAGUGAGAGACAUGCAGUAUGUUAUACCCCCUCAAACAUUUGUGGCUCUACGUGCACUUUUGACAAUUGUUUGUCACAAAGCUAAAGGGGUAGAACUGAAAGAAUCGAAUCCUUGUCAGUAAAAAGUUCUUCUCUUAAAGCAAUAGUUUUACAUUUCGGGACACUUAUUUGCUUUCUUGCCGAGAGUUAAAUGAGAUGAUCGAUACCACCUUCAUGUCCGUGCGUUGAAUUAACACGUUAAGUCUUGUUUGUUUUAUCCAUACAAAAACUGAAGUGGAAAAAUAACAAUUUGCUGGAGGUUAAAAUGUGUUUGUGUUUUUUAUUUAGCCAGGCUCUGCUCCAUGUGAAGUCACAAAUUGUCAUUUUGACACUUAGUUUGUUGUAUAGUUUAAACGAGGGGUCAGCAACCUUUACUAUCAAAAGAGACAUUUUAGGCAAAGAAA